AUGUUUCAAGAAGAAAUUGCAAAACAAUUAUCUGUACUUACAGAGAUUGAAGCCAAUAAAAUUUUAGAAUGUAUUGAAUCAACAAAAAAUAAAGAUAUGGCAGAUUUUGCAGUACCAAUUCCAAAAUUAAAUAAAUUUAAGAAAUUAGUUGGUAAACCAGAUCAAUUAGCAAUUGAUUUCGCAUCAAAGAUUCAAUUGAAUGAUUGUAUUCAAGGUGCAUCAGCAACUGGUAAUUAUUUAAAUUUCAAAGUCAAUCGUUUAUUACAAGUUCAAGAGAUUUUAAAGGAAGUUAUCAACCAAAAAGAAAAAUAUGGUAUGACAGAACAAGGUAAAGGAAAGAAAGUGAUCGUCGAAUUCUCAUCACCAAAUAUCGCCAAACCAUUCCAUGCUGGUCAUUUACGUUCAACCAUCAUUGGUAAUUUCAUGGUUAAUCUCUUCAAUGAAUUAGCCUAUGAGACAGUCUCAAUGAACUAUUUAGGUGAUUGGGGCAAACAAUACGGUUUGUUAGCAGUUGGUUUCGAAAAGUAUGGUUCAGAAGAAGAGUUAUUAGCCGACCCAAUUAAACAUUUAUACAAUGUUUACGUUCAAAUCAAUGGUGAAGCAGAGAAGGAAGAAGAAGCUAAAAAGAAAUAUGCUGAAGAGAUCGCCGCUGGUGUUGAACCAACCGCACCAUUACAAACUACUCCAACCAUUCACGAUACUGCUCGUGCUUACUUUAAACGUAUGGAAGAUGGUGAUGCUGAAGCACUUGCCAUUUGGAAACGUUUCCGUGAUCUCUCCAUCGUUAAAUACAAAGAUAUCUACAAUCGUCUCAAUGUUAAAUUCGAUAUCUAUGCUGGUGAAUCAUUAGUAACUGAAGGUAUGACAAUUGAAUUUAAAAAAUUACAAGAUAAAAAUUUAUUAGAAGAUUCUCAAGGUGCUAAAGUUAUUGAUUUAUCUAAACCAAAUAAAUUAGGUAAAGUUUUAGUUCAAAAAACAGAUGGUACAACACUUUAUAUUACUCGUGAUAUUGCAGCAGCAGUUGAUCGUAAAAAUAAUAUUGGAUUUGAUAAGAUGUAUUAUGUUGUUGCAUCUCAACAAGAUUUCCAUUUCCGUCAAUUAUUUGAUAUUUUAGGUAAAAUGGAUUAUCAAUGGCAAAAGGAUUUAACUCAUAUCAACUAUGGUAUGGUUAAAGGUAUGUCAACACGUAAAGGUACCGUAGUAUUUUUAGAGGAUAUUUUGAAUAAGACCCAAAAGAAGAUGUUAAAGAUUAUGAAACAAAAUGAACAAAAAUUCGCAGAGAUUGAAGACCCAGAGAAAGUCGCCGAUAUCGUUGGUUUAUCAGCUGUCGUCAUUCAAGAUUUCAAUGCCAAACGUAACAAAGAUUAUGAUUUCAAUUGGGAUCGUAUGUUAAAAUCAGAUGGUGACACUGGUCCAUACCUUCAAUAUGCUCAUGCUCGUUUAUGUAGUUUAGAACGUAAAUCUGGUUUCGAAUUCAAUCCAAACGCUAACCUUUCUUUAUUAAGUGAACCAGAAGCUUUCAAUUUAGCAAUUACCAUCGGUAGAUAUCCAGAAAUCAUUCAAUUGACUCAUAAUCAACUUGAACCUUCAACUUUGGUUGGUUAUCUCUUUGAAUUGGCUCAUGCUGUCUCUUCUGCUCAUCAAGUCCUUUGGAUUAAAGAUCGUGAAAAAGAUGUCGCUGAAGCUCGUUUCGUUUUAUAUUGGGCUGCCAAAGUUAUUUUAGGUUCAGGUUUAAGAAUUUUAGGUUUAGUUCCACUUGAAAGAAUGUAA